AUGGUGUUUGUGACUGACUCGCAUCGACCACCCAAAACAGUGGCGAUCAGUGUUUUGGUGUGCUUGUCUAACAAAUUGCUCCACAAGAGGCCAAAUCAUGUACUAAAAGCCAACAACAAUGACAAAAACAAGGCAAACAUAUCACUAUCUAUAAAGGUAUUUUUGAAACUUUUAAUAAGUGAUUUUAUUGGGUCAUAUUUAUAUCUCAAUCUGGAUACCACUUUAGAUAACAAUGGCAAAGUUAACUGCCAUGAGGAUAAAGAAGAGGAAGAAGAAGGGAGGAAAAAACCGAGCUCUCAAGUAGCAGGGAUGCACAACAUUAAGACAAGAACCACACCUGAUGACCGCAUCUCGAAACACAAGAGUGCACACAAUCCACGGAUGAGAGACACCGAUGGAAUCGAUCUUCAAGAUAUAAAAAAAAAAUACAAAAAUAAAAAUAAUAUAUGCACAUGUCAGUUUUGUGCUUUAGCUACUGCAGGAUUACACUUGACAUUGACAAUAAUUAUUAAGCAGCAAUAG